GUGUGGACUCUGGGUGCUUUGGUGGUGGGAGUGCUAUGGUAAUAGCACUGGAAGGAGAAGAUCCUAUACUUCAGAAUACAAACAAUGUAAACCAGUGUUUGAAGGAGAGAAAGACGACAGGAGGUUCAGAAAAUGGUCUUGCACAGAAGCAGAGAACACCUCGCCGAAGAUGUCAGCAGCCUAAAAUGUUGAGUAGCCCCGAGGACACUGUAUACUAUAACCAGCUAAAUGGAACUCUAGAAUAUCAAGGGAGCAAGAGGAAGCCAAGAAAACUUGGGAAAAAGACCACUAUCUAUGAAGCAGGAAGCUCCCCGUCACCAGACAUUGAAUCUACCACUGCCUUGAUCUUAGACUUCCUAGACUCCAGAACUGAUCCUGAGCUUCUUGUGAAGGUAACCUGCCAGAGACUUUGAUAUUUAGGUUGACUCCACAGAAAUUAUCUUAACCAGACAUAUGCUGAAAAGAAAAAAUGAUUGAACCAAAUGAAGCAAUGUCAGAUAAAUAUCUCUUUGGACAUAGACCAAGAUUUACAAGCAGCCUUCAUAAUUCAUCAACGCAAGUCUCUGUAAAUGCAGCUAAGAUGUUCUCAGAAAUGAAGGAAGAACCUUCAAAAAAUGUUGAGAAUAAAGUCUCUCUAAAGAAUAUUGAAAAUAGAGUAUCUUCAAAGAGUAUUCAAAGUAAAAAUACAGAAGCAAAUCUGCAGUCUAAACCAUGGUUAUCUUCCUUUUUAAAAGAAGGCACAGGUAAAGUGGACAAAGAUGCAGUCAUUGUAGAGCAAGAGAAAAAGAAUGAGUACUGCCUUCAAGAUAUUGAUGACAAGUUGUCUGAAUCAACAGAUGAUGAUGGUGAAGAUGAUAGCAAUGAGGAAGAUAAUGAUGACAGUAGUCCUACUAAGAAUACUCAUGCCCCACUAGAGCUAAUGGCAGAAUUCCUGAGAGCAGAAAUGGGCCAAGACUACCAUCUAGCAAAAAAAUUAUGUCAAAUGAUUCUAAUCUAUGAACCAGAAAAUACAGAGGCCAAGGAGUUUUUCUCACUUAUUGAAGAAUUGUUGCUGAUGGAGAAAGCUCAGGACCUUGAGGAAGAUGAAGAUAGUGAAGAUGACAGUAGCCGGGAGAGUGAAGGAGAAAGCAGUGAGGAUCAAACUGAAGAAAGCUCUGAUGAGUGUGAAGACAGCUGAUGAAAGUCGCCAUCAUUUAAUUUCCAUGUUAUUUUCCUUACUGCAUACCAAUCAAAUAAAAAGCAGCAGUUUUUUAGUUUAAUUGUUCUU